AUGGUUUUGGUGAAACCGAGAAGGAGCAGUUCAAAAAAUUACUGGAAGGCGAUGAGUUUCUAUAGGAUAAAAGUACCGUCCAAUGUAUUGAGUUCUCCCGGGAGGGACUUUAUUAUCUCCUCGGUGAAAGCAAGAUGUCUUCCGCAGGAUGGUUUGGAGUUGAGUGGGUUUGUCGGCAGAUCAGAUCUCCUGAGCUUUUUAUGCUUCCCUAUAAGUUUAGUAAAGGUUCUUCUUCCUUCUGGUGGCAUCCUGACCCUGAGGGGACUGCAACUUCUUGGUCUGACUGGUUUAGGAUCUGGUAUUGGGUUUGAGCAUUUGCAUUAUAUGUUUGAGAGGGUCUGGGAUCCGGUGAUAGUUCCAGGAGCCCAAAAACAAAUUAGCUACUACUUCUUGAAUGCUGUAAGAUUUAGUGCUCUCUUAGUGACCAGAAAUUUAAUCAAAAUUGGUUUUGGUCCUCUUGAAGGAUUAAAGUCAAUUUCUUUUUUUGUUUUUUUGUUGAUUUCUGAGUUGUGUUGUGAAACUGGGAUGAUGUGUAGUGUCUCAGUCUGUACAAUAUGCGAAAGUAUCCUAGAGUAUGCAAAACAUAUAGCAGAAUUAGAACAACUGGUGAGCAAGAUGGUGUUUGAAAGCUAUGGUGUGGAGAGGAACUAUGACUCGCACCUCCGAUCAACCACCUACCUCCUCCGACCGGUGAGAUAUCGAGCACCGGAAAAAAACGAGAGCAAUGCCGGGGGGUCGAUUCAUACGGACAAGAGCUUUGUAACUAUACUUCGUCAAAAUCAGGUUCAAGGUUUACAAAUACCGGCCCGGAAUGGCGACUGGAUCUCCGUCGACUUCCCACCGGAAGCCUUCGUGAUCAUUGCCGGCGAUGCUUACAUGGCAUGGAGCAAUGGCCGAAUACUUUCCCCAAAUCAUCAAGUCAUAUUACGCCAGAAUAAAACAAGAUACACACAAUAGGUGUGUUUUCAUUCAACAAGGGAACAACUCACAUACCUGAAGAGAUGGUUGAUGAGGAACAUCCAUUGCAGUUUGGGUCAUUCGAAAAUAUGGAACUACUUAUGCCCAAUGUCAAUUAUACGAUUCGCCCAACUGUAAACUCCGUAACACAUGGUUAGAAAAAAGACGUAUCAUAUCAUGUUGUGUUUGUGUUUGAAAUUGUUGAUGAUGAGCAUCCGUUGCAGUAUAGGUCGUUUGACAACAUUGGGCUGCUUCAGUCCUAUUUCGAAAACCCGACUCGCCUCACUGACAAGACUGCAAGAAGAUAUUGUGGUAUCCAUGCUUGAAACUGCUUUCUCAGAGGCAAUUCAUCAGUAAUGUGUGUGUGAGAAUAUAGGUAUGUGUACUUGUGUGUGUUUGUGGUUGUGGGUCUUCUUCUAGACGGCUCUGCCAU